AUGGGUGCCUCCGACGACAGCGUUAUGCCAGAACAGGUCAACUAUAACAUUGUGACCCUCACACGCUUCCUGACGGAGGGGCAGAACAAGCAGCCCGAAGCCACUGGUGACUUUACACUUCUGUGCCACGCACUGCAGUUCUCCUUCAAGUCCAUUGCAUACUACAUCCGCCGUGCUACUCUCAUCAACCUGACGGGUCUGGCCGGCUCGUCCAACACCACGGGCGACGACCAGAAGAAGCUCGAUGUCAUUUCCAACGACCUGUUCAUCGAAGUCAUGCGGUCGUCUGGCCGCUGCGCCCUGCUGGUCUCCGAGGAGGAGGAGAACAUCAUCUUUUUCACCGGCGCCAACUCGGCCGAUGGCAAGUCCAGCGAGCGCGCCCGCUACGCCGUUGCCUGCGACCCCAUCGACGGCAGCUCCAACCUCGACGCCGGUGUGUCGGUCGGCACCAUCUUCGCCAUCCACAAGCUGGCCGAGGGCUCGACGGGCGAGGCCGCGGACAUCCUGAAGCCCGGCACCGAGCUGGUGGCGGCCGGUUUCACCAUGUACGGUGCCUCGGCGCAGCUCGUCAUCACGAUGAAGGGUGGCGGCGUCAACGGCUUCACGCUCGACAACGGCCUGGGCGAGUUCAUCCUGACGCACCCCGACAUGCGCCUGCCCAAGAAGCGCGCCAUCUACUCCGUCAACGAGGGCAACUCGCUCUACUGGGACGACCGCGUCAAGGCCUACUUCAACUCCCUCAAGGAGGCCCAGCCCGACAACGGCAAGCCCUACAGCUCGCGCUACAUUGGCAGCAUGGUGGCCGACGCCUACCGCACCCUCCUCUACGGCGGCAUCUUUGCCUACCCGGCCGACUCCAAGAGCCCCAAGGGCAAGCUGCGCAUUCUGUACGAGUGCGCCCCCAUGGCCAUGGUCUUUGAGAACGCCGGAGGCCAGGCCGUCAACUCCAAGAUGGAGCGCAUGCUCGAGGUCGUCCCCGAGCACAUCCACGACAAGUCCGGCAUUUUCAUGGGUAGCUACGAUGAGGUCGAGAAGGUCAAGUCGUUCCAUAAGUAG